AGCUCAUUAAUGACGUCACGUUGGGGGUGGAGCUUAUGGUGAGUUAAAGGGAGCCGUCCUUAGUCAUUCACACAGAGCAGGAAAAGGAUUCCGGACAACAGCAGGAUAAACAAGGAAGUGUUUAAGAAGAAAGCAAAGACAAGAUGACGAUCGGCAGAAACUCGAGGAAAACCUCAACCCGAAGCUCCAUCCGGGCCCCCAAAUUCCUUGAUAAAUCCAGCGGCUUCUACGGCCGCCUUGAUGAACCCGAGCCCGCCACAGACGACGGGUGUGAAAUAAGCGGAGGUAACGUUGAGGCUGAGGUUAAAGAUGGCAGUUCCUCCUCCACGAUGGUACCCAACACGUUGGCAGACGAAGACGUGGACGGGUUUGGGGUGAUUGAGGACGACGGAGAGACUCUCCUGCAAAGAAAGCCAAGUCGCCUCAGCAGCCGGUGGAGGAGAAGCACCAGCAGGAAGCAGAAGGACGAGAAGGUUGAAGAGGACCAAACCCAAAACGAGAAGUCCAGCCCGGAAGUUCAGGAAGACAAGAUGAAGGUAAAGACGGAGGAAGAAAUGGUGAAGGAAACUGGCCUUGUUCACUUCCAAGUUCGGGAGUUUGCGGAUGACCGGGUUCUGAUCCGAGACAACAAGAGAGGGAGAGAAGAAGAGGAGGAAGAGUCAGAGGAAGAGAGGAAGAUGAAGAAGGAGCAAGAGGAAGGGAUGAAAAUGGUGAAGAGGAAGAAUUAUCGCAAGGCGUUUGACCGGGCGCUUCGUCGCGGCUGGGAGGCCUUCAUCACCAACCUCUACAGCGUCACGCUCACUCCUGUGAACGCCUCCUCGCCAACAUCGACCUCGCCUUCGCUGAAGAAGAAGAACUUGCACUCGUCUGUGCUGGCUGAGUUUCAGUAGAGCUGCAGCAGAAAAACUUGGACUUUUUAAAAUCCAACAUAACGAAAUCAGGACAGGAGCUUCAAUCCUGACAUUUACAGGACCUUAGAUUAGGUUACAUAAGCAAUAAUUACUGAUGUUUGUUACUGAGUCGUAAUUGCUCAGUGCAGCCUUAUCGCUUUGUUUCAGUUUUCAGACUGCAGGUAUUUAUUUUACCACCUAGAGGAGCAAAGCUGUGGAUUUUGCAUUGAAGUCUAACAUUUGUGACUGAGCUGCUCCUUUUAUUUUCUACUUCAUUCUAAAGAGUGAAAAAAUCUUUUUUUUUUUUUGUUAUAUAUUCAACUCGCCGUCAGGAGCGUGAAGUGAUGAUAUUUUGUUUCCUUUGGGUUGGCAUGAUGAAACCGCUCACGUGUUGAUGUGUAACUGCUAAAGGAACCGAAGAUUUCAUAAGCAGCGAUGACUGAUCGGUGGAGUUUUUGUUUUGGAGACAUCAGCAUUUUUAUUUAUGUCUGAUCAGGGAUCAGCUGAUGUUAAGGAGUCUGGAUACACACCCAAACCCACACAACCACUUUACACAUGUUUCUGACUCAUAUCCACACUCAAUGCGUCUGAUUAACAGUAUUUAUAGAAAAAUAUUUAAACACCUACAUGCCAACACAGAAAAACAUCAACUACGACUUUUUAUUCCUGUUAUUUUGUUCUGAUGAAGGUUGUAGAAACCUGAAGGAACAAACUACAACUUAGUGUAAAAGACAACAAUUUGAGCAGCUGUGUAUUUCUUGAUGUAUUUUUGCACAGGGAAAUGGCAAUGUUUAUCCUAUGUAUUUAUUUCCUUAUGAAAUUAUUUAAAACAUUAUUAUACAACACAUUUAUAUCUACAGGAGUUGUGUGUAAAUUAUACAAAAUGCUUUGUAAAUAAUUAUUUUAAAUAUGUUUUAAUAUUUAAGAUUUCUUUUAUUUUGGGGACUAAUACAACCUUGGUGUCCUUCACUGUGUGUUUAAGAGCUGUUGACUAUUGAUUUUUGUAUAAAUAAACUGUAUUUGCAAUAAUUUUUAAAGAAUUUUU